AUGGACUCUUCCACAGAGACAACAGUAACCCCUUCAAAGGGUCCUUCUUCGAAGGAGCGUCCAAUUCCUCAGAGAGGCACUGCAAAUCACGGUAGUGGCUAUUCCAGAGACAGCAACUCCACGCUCCAGAGUACCAUGAGUCAGGACUUGCAGGGAAUUGGUGCUUGGGUUAGAUAUGAAAUAUUGCUCUUGAACUUGAAAUCAUUUCACUAA